GCAAUAUUUACGGAUUCUGAAAAGCCAUCCUGGAAACCGACAUAGAAUAAUAGGCAAUCGAUUAAAGACUAAUUUAGAUAAAAACCUUGCCGUUUAUUAAUAUUGACAAAAAAGUGGUCUUUUAAACUGUUGAUUUAAGUUGAUCGAACUUUUAAGCAGUUCUUUAUUUAACGUUUAAAAAAAUGGGAUAAAGUGCGUAAUUUUCGUAUUCACAAUGGAACCAUAAACAAAAUGGAGUUAAAAUUUUUAAUAAUUCUGUGUUACGUCUCUCUUCAACAAGUCUAUGGAUAUGGAAACAAUACGACACUCUCUUGUUUUGACUGUGAAGAAAUAUUUGAAGAAAGAUGGGAUCCGUAUACUGAUUGUCAAGUGUAUCCCCACAAUACACCAUUGAGACCUUGCUUGGACAUUGAAAUGUAUUGUAUGGUAGAAAAAGUGACCAUUUAUGGAAUGACGACGAGCAUUAAACGAAGAUGUACUUCCGAAUGUUACUAUGGCUGCAGAGCACAUAACUUUGGUCUCACUACAAUGAAAUGCACGUCGUGUUGCCAGUUUGCAGGAUGUAAUAUAGAUGGAUCAGCUUCGAUAUCUUUCAUGCUAGGAACAUAUACGUGUGUUUUGACUUUCUGUUUUCUAGUGACGUUAUUGACAAAACAGUAACCAACCAUUUGUUCUACCUAAUCAUUUUUUUUUAAAUUUUGCCAAAUCUUUUUUCCGAUCAAUAUGAUGACAUCAGUGCCUUUAAUUAUAUUUGACUGACAAUUAAAAUCAUUUAUAAAGAAUAAGUAAGGUACAUGCAGACCAAGAUUGCAUGCACUUAGUGAAAAACAAGUUUGAUCUGAGCGUCACUGAUGAGUCUUAUGUAGACGAAACGCGCGUCUGGCGUAUUAAAUUAUAAGCCAGCGGCUCUUUUCACAAAAGAUCUUAAGAGUAAAAAUACUCGUAAGUCAUACACAUUUCAGUAUAACUUACGAUCAAUUCUAAUCGUAAGAUUUUUUGUGAAAAGAGUUGCUGGUACCUUUGAUAACUAUUGACAAAAUUCACAGGAUUCAGAUGUAUGGACUUACGACGGUAUAUAAAUUAACAAGUCGGAAGAAUCACAGCGAUUAAGCGAUGAUCUCAGCCGACAUCAACAGUUUUAUCUGUUGGGCCUUACAUAGUGACUAUAAGAGGAAGGAACAAUGACAUAUCCCAACACAUUACCUUAAUUCAUCGAACAUUGUAUCACCUUAUGAAAUAUAAGCUGUUGCCAAAACAAAGUAAAACAUGUUUAUUUAUCAAGCAUUUCAUUAGUAGACUAUGAAUCCUUUCAAUCUGACUUUGUUUCGAGUUGUAGCAUUCACGUUUAUAUUCAAAAGCGGACACACAUUUUGCUAAAACCUUGUAAUAUCUUGUUUUCGUUCAAUACAAAACAGUUUUCAAAACUACAGUUGACAGCCAAAAUAAAAACACACUAGUCGGGAUUUUCUAAUCUCAUGAGUGCUGCUAUACAUUUUAAACACUACAUUGUAAAUGCUUGUCGUCUUAAACAAAUAUAUAUGAUAUCAACUGAUUCAUGAUUAGUCAGUUGUUGUUAUAUCUAGUGUUUACUUCUUCAAUCGCAGUUUAAAAAAAAGAAGUAUGUACCAGGCCUGAUAACAAUUCUUAACAUCUGAUUUAGAAUUCAGUAGUUUCCAAAUACAAAAGUAUUUGAUACAGCUUGAUUUUUUUCUACAAUUUCGUCCGUCAAUACAUCAGUAAAUGACAAAAGGUAAUAGUGAAAUAUUUCCCAGGCAAUAUUGAUAUGAAAUUUCUAAAAAUUGAUUAUUUUGUAGUUUUAUAUAUUGGUUAAUUUCUUUUUCCUGUUUAUGAUAAUUUUGCUAUAAAGAUAUAGAAAGUCUUGAUUUUCCGAAAGAUAAAGUUAUUUGUGCUUUUUUUA